AUGGGUAAAGAAAAGACUCACGUUAAUCUCGUUGUCAUUGGUCACGUCGAUUCCGGUAAAUCUACUACCACCGGUCACUUAAUUUACAAGUGUGGUGGUAUUGAUAAGAGAACUAUUGAAAAGUUCGAAAAGGAAGCCGCUGAAUUAGGUAAGGGUUCUUUCAAGUACGCUUGGGUUUUAGACAAGCUUAAGGCUGAAAGAGAAAGAGGUAUCACCAUUGAUAUCGCUUUAUGGAAAUUCGAAACUCCAAAGUACCACGUCACCAUUAUUGAUGCUCCAGGUCACAGAGAUUUCAUCAAGAACAUGAUUACUGGUACUUCUCAAGCUGAUUGUGCUAUUUUGAUUAUUGCUGGUGGUAUUGGUGAAUUCGAAGCCGGUAUCUCUAAGGAUGGUCAAACCAGAGAACACGCUUUAUUAGCUUACACCUUAGGUGUUAAGCAAUUGAUUGUUGCUAUCAACAAGAUGGACUCUGUUAAAUGGGACAAGGCUAGAUACGACGAAAUUGUCAAGGAAACUUCAACUUCGUCAAGAAGGUCGGUUUCAACCCAAAGAGUGUUCCAUUCGUCCCAAUCUCUGGUUGGAACGGUGACAACAUGA